UCUUCAUCGACCUGCAUCGACCGGCAUCGACCUGCAUCGACCUGCAUCGGCUUCCGUCGUGUCCAUCCGUCUACCGCCGAGCCCUACCCCCGAACGCUCGUCUUCAUCCGCCCUCCAUGCUCGACCAAGUCACCUCGGUACAAUUCACCAUCGGCAAGCUGGACGCCGGUAUGGCCAUUCUGCUCUCACCGGACCACCAUCUGAUCGAGUUUCCGGCAACGAUCCUCCCGGAGGGCGUCACCACGGGAUCGAUCGUCAACGUCACCAUCGAGCGGAACAAGGAGGAGGAAACCCGACAGCGCGACGAAUUCGAGUCCAUCCAGGACUCGAUCUUCCAGGAAUACUCGACGCCCCCCGAAGCCCCCGAAAUCAGCGUCAAGAGCGUCACGCAGACGUCGAUCACCAUCCAGUGGAAGCCGCUGGUCCUCCACUCGGCCUCGCUGAGGGGUAUCGACGUCUAUCGCAAGGCUCAGAAGCUCAACAUUGCCGUUCCACCCGAGGCGACAUCGUGCAAGCUCGGCGGCCUCGACGUCAACCAAGAGUACCAAAUCUGGAUCAUCAUCCGCACUUCGGCCGGCUCCUUCACCUCCAACAAGCUCAACGUCAAGACCCACACCCUCGACAACCUCACCGGCGUGAACGUUUGCUUUGGCAUGUUUGCCAACGAGGGCGAUGUCUCUUCGCUGGUCGACAUGCUCUCCCGCAUCGGCGCCACCUACACUGAGGAGCUGUCCCCCGACAACACUCAUAUGAUCUGCACGAUCCCCCGCGGGCCCAAGUACGAGAUGGCGCUGGAGUGGAACAUCCCUGUCGUGAGCCCCGAGUUUUUGAAGGCCUGUGUCAACCAGGGCAAGAUCCAGCCUGCUCACUCCUACUACGUUGCAAAGUCGUAAGCAGCCUGUGGCUGGAGAGUGCGGCUUGUCCAGGAUGAUGUCGCCAUGAACCACGGCGCAAUACACCUUGCUUCGAAGGCACGUA